AUGGAAACUUAUGAUCUUAGCCCUGUUGCUAAAAAUAAGACGGUCUCGGUUGCUUUUUAUCGUAAUGUAAAAAAUGCUAAAGAGCUUAAGGAGUUAGCCAUGAGAGAUACCGUACAAGCUUCGUUCGUAAAAGCAAGUAUGAUAGCAGAUGUACUUCAGAUCAAAGCUGCUGCUGCAAAAGGCUUCCAUCUCCAAGCAGUGGGAAAAAUUAAAACUAAAACCUUGCAUUCUGAAAUGAUUUUUAAUUUAUCCCCUUCAAACAAAAUAUCUGACUGUUUUCAACUUUUCGGGCUUAAAGAUACUUCAACAGAUGUUGUGGCAGUUACUUUGGAUGUGGCUGAAAAUGAAAAAGUUUUAAAUUGUGUUGUUGGUGACUUAGUUUCUGUUUCUUUAUUGCAAGAUUUGUGCGAUAAACCAGCAAUUAAGAAACUUUACAAAAUUACUGAUGAAGAAUUAAAAGUUUGUUCAUUUUUGGACUGCAUUUUAAGCCAAAUGGCAGCUAAAGAUAUUAGAUAA